AUGGCUUGUGAUGUUCUGUUGAAACUUUGUCCCACGUGUGAGACACUUGGCACUCAACAUAAACAAAAACCGGGUGUUUUAUUAUGUGUUGGAUGUCAAAAACAUUUUUGUGUUGAACAUUGUGUACAACAUCGUCAAUAUCUCACCGAUUUAUUUCAUAAUGCCGUUGCCAAUGAAAGAAAUGCAUUACAUGAAAAAUUUUCAGAAGAAUUCGGUCAACAGUGGUUUGCCUAUUUCAAAAUACAAUUAGAGAAAAUCAAUAAAUGGGAGUUAGACACAAUUGAACUGAUUCAACAAUCAGCCGAUUGUGCACGCAAAGAACUACAUGAAGCAGCUUUUAAAGAAUACGAAAAUUUAAAACAACAAUUUUCUACAUUAACAGAUAAAAUCAAUAAAUUGCGUGAGAAUGAAAAUUAUUUUGAAAACGAUAUUGACCAAUUAACAAAACAGUUUCAACAGCUGAAAGACAACCUAGAACAUAUUCCUAUUGACAUUAACAUCAGUCGUUUGCCGAAAGAAUUAGUUUUAGUUCAAAAAAUCGUUCUACCACCUGUUUCCCUUACUUCAUCUGUUCACUAUGUCGAUCAACUUCUUACAUUAAACAAACCAAAGAAAUCCAUCGGUCUCUUACCAAUAAAACUUGGUUUUAUGUGUCCAAUCAGAGAUUUAUUGAUUUCAUUUUUGUCUAAAAAUGAAUUAUCUGCCGUCAAUGCUAGUGGUGGCUCGUGGAUCAGCUUGCAUUCAAUAAACGAUGUUAACGAAUUUGAGUGUGUGAUUACUUACAAUUAUUUUUAA